GGACGGGACGUGUGUUGGACGCGUAUCACCCGGCACCACAGUCCUGGAGUCUGGCAGUCAGUCGGUAUCCUAGUGAUCCUCUGCGCGUGAGCCGCCUGUAUCAAGGUGUCGGAGCCUCGCCACCAUGGAUGACGGGGGUGGCGACACUGUCCUUCAAUUCAUGGGCUGCAACGACAAGACCCCGUUGUGGGAUGCAAAACGUUCAGGCCAGGUUAAUGAAAUGCUUCCCAUUGAUGCGCGGACAGAAAACAUGGGAGACAGCGGGAGAAUGCGAGGAAACGAUAACUCCCUUGCUAGCGGCCGUGGGAAGGGAGAAGGCCGGGAGGAUAAAGAGUGCUGGGGCAGGCAAAGAGGGCCGUGCCGCCGUCCCCUGGGGGCCAUGGGUGCCAGCAGCGUGGGCACCCAGCUCAAGUGUACCCUCUGGCGGCAUGGACUGGGGCAUCUCAGGCAGUGGCCGUGGGUGUUGGGCGCCCUGGUGGUGGCCCUCACGCCCUUCGCCCUCCUAGCCGGUCUCAAGUCAACGGCUCCCCCGAAACAUGAAGAAAUCUGCCACUUCGAAGCCCGCGGCCUGUCUUCGGAGUGGCCUCUGGGUCAACUGCAGUCCUUCGUGUGCGGCCUGGCUAAUGAGUGCCACGGGGAGGGUCAAGACGACCUCCUAGACCACUACCCCGGAGCCGCGGUGAACGACCUGGUCAAUGUCUCGCAGCUCAUCGACGGCACUGAUGCCAGCGCCCUGGACCGCCUCAUUGCCCUGCCCUGGAGCCUCAACACUCUCAAGGGCGUGACGGACCUCAUUGCUGCUCCUGCCCUCACUGCUCUCAUGGAAAACGGGCUGCAGGUGAGCGACAUCAUCAAGUCCCCGGAGGAGCUGUCGCAGAAGCUGACCUCAGGGCACGACCUCAACCGAAAGGUGGUGGAGGCCUUCCUGGGGGCGCGCAUCAAUGUGUCCAGGGUGUUCGCCCUGGCGGGGAGACGAGGGCCGAGGGAGGUGGUGUGCUCGCCGCAGUACUUGGAGGAGUUCCUUGUCAUCACCAACGGUUCCAGCGCGUCCGACAUUGCCGACAUAUCCAACUCCCUCUGCCACCUCCCCCUCGCCCAGGCCGCCAAUGUCACCUCUGUCUUCCUGGCCGCCCUUGAUGCCCAGAAGGUGCUGCGUAAGGUUGGCGAGGUCAUGGAGGCAGUGGGCGGCUACAACAAAGACCUCCUGGUGCAGCAGAUCGGGGGGCUGCUGGCCGCUGUGAGUCGCCUGGAGGCCCUCGCGCCCCUGUCCAGGUACCUGCAACCUGCCGCCCAAGCCCUGAGUCCCAUCAUCGGUGCCGGGAAGAUUCUGUCCUAUACCAAGUGGAACGAGACCAGCCUGGCCGACUUCAUGGGUUUCGUGGAGGAUGUGGCAAAGACCUUCCAGUCAGACCCUUCGGUGGUGCUCACUGACGUCGCCAAGGGAACCACGUCUGCCGCCCUUCGCCUCCUCUCCAUCAUCGCCAACCCCGCCAACCUCACACGCUCCCUGGAGGGGCUGGGUGAUCCGUGGGAGGCCGUGCUGCAGAACAUUGGGGUGUCGCUGAAGGCGGUGGUGGUGGAGAUUGAGGCUGUGCCGGAUUACAUUAGGCAGAUACCCGCCCUCCGCUUUGCCCUUUCCUUGACCACUCACGCCCUCUCCCAACACGUCUACUUCUGGCCACACAAUGAAACGAAGACUUGGAUACAGGAGGACUUGGACGAGGCGCUGGGCUACCUGCUUGAGGCUACGGAGGUCUCAAUGAACAGCACCCUGGCCGUCACCUUGCUGCCCGCCCUACGCUCUGCCGCCUCCUUCGCCAACGCCUCGGAUGCCUUGUCGUCCCUGGUGGUGAUGGAGCCUCCCCUGCCCCCCCACCUCACCUUCAGCCUGCUAACACUCUUCUCAAACUGCUCCCAACUCAAGACUGCCGUAGAGGGCGCCGGGCUGAGCGAGUGGCUGUGUGAGAGGGCCGCCUGGGGGGAGCCGAGUGACGAGGACUGGGAAACCGUGUCCGUGAGGCUCUGCAGCGCGGGCGGUAAGACGCAGCUGCGGAACGUGACGCAGCUGCUCCAUAAGGCUCUGAACGACUCCCAGGUAUCCCCGGGCAGCGUCACACCCCACGAGGUCACAAACGCCACUCGGGACCUCAUAACAACACUAGUCCACGCCACACAUCUCCACAAAGCCACUCAGUUGACCCUCAGCAGCGCCUCGUCAGACCCGGAGUGGUGGCGGCGUUUUUCCCCUAAGGUCUGGGGGGUCAUCGGGGCGGAGGGGGAGAGGAGCGACAUGGGCCUGCUCCCCUACCUCCCUCCCCUCGGCGCUGAAGGGAUCCAGGACAUAAGGGAAGGGGUUCAGGUGUCCAAGGUCUUCAUACGGCAAGUGGUGACAUUCUACCUCAACCUGGUGGGCGGUGAGUGUGGCGACCUUCCGCACAGCUUCACGAACAACAUACGCCCGGGUGCCCUCCAGUACUAUGCAGACAUGGCGACAGCGACCCUGGACACAGCGGUACACAUGGUAGAGGUGACCCAAGACAUCUGGCGCCCCGGUGACCUCUUGCGCCAGCCUAACGUGACCUCCUUCCUCACCAACAUCCUGCCGUCGAACGUGAUGACGGUGGUGACGAGGGGUUUGGAAAUACUUGACCGCCCUGAGUUCGAGGCGCCAGCACCCGUACCGCAAAUCAUCGACCUCCUCAACGCCACACAAGCAGCCCUCGCCUCCAUCGUGGAGGAGGACAACGUGUGGGCUGUGUGUGGGAACGGAAGCUGCCCCCACCUGGCUGAACUAUUUAGACGCACACACCUGAUACCCUUCUUCCUGGCCCUGCCCUACUACCACAGUGUGAUGGGCUCGCAGAAGGAGGACCAGGAAGUGAUCUACAGCAUCAAGGCGUGGCAUUACUACCCCUGCCAAAACACCACUGGCAACCUCCCUACCCUCAUCAACCCGGCCACCAACACCACCGUCACCACCCUCGCCUCCCUGUCUAUGUUCUUCCCCCCUCCUGACGCCUUUACCCCCGCCGCCCGCCCCACCAUAGCGAGGAUCAGGGAGGAGGUGAAGGAGCUGGAGGAGUACAUCUGCGUCAACUUUAAGGAGAUCCUGGACGAGUUGGGUUCGAACGAGCCAUUGACGAAUGCUGGGAAGGCGUUUGUGGAUAAGCUGACACCAGGGACAGUCAACAUUGGCAGCACCCAAGUUCUCGUGAGCUCACUGUACCAGACCGCCGUACAGCUUGACCCCUACCAGAUGGCGUACAACCUUACCGGAGGGAACUUAUUGUCACUAGAAGACCUUGAGAGACCCUUCACCUACCUCCUCCAUAACGAAAGCUUCUCCACCAGAAUGGUACAGGAGGCCGUGGAGAGGGUGAUGGAGAGCCUGCUUGGUGGAGUGGCGGGCAAUGAGACUCACCCCUACCAAGGCACUGUCAACCGGGCCCUCCACGCUGCGCACAACAUCACGGUCGCGCUCACCAACACCCUGCGAGCCCACACGAAUGGAAGCAUCAUGACCCUGGCUGACCUCCUUGGCGUGUCAUCCGAGGACCCACUGCUCAUCCGCCUCACCCAGGGACCGCAAGGACUGGCCGACUAUAUCCUGAACCAACUCAAUACUUCUCUUAUCUCGACUGUUAUGGAUAGGGACUGGCACGGCCUUGCGGAUAGCCUCUGUAACAACGCCACCAGUACGAGUCCCUGGGUGGAGCUGGCGUGCAACUAUACCCUCGGACCACCGCCCCCUGAAUUGAUGCUCUCGAAUGUUGCGGCUGCAGUGAUGGAAGCUGUGUCGCAGUUCCAGUACCAGGACGCCCCAGAGCUCCCUCCUAUGCCGACGUCCCAGCUCAUCACCGACCUCCAUGACCUGAUCGAGACUCUCCGCAUCCUAGACUACAGCGCCCCCCUGGAUGUCUCGGCUCUGGACCGCUUCGUGAAUGCGACCAAGAGAGAGAUGGACAGACUCGUGGCAGGGCUGAAGGGGCUGCAGGAAGACUUGCCGUGGCUCAUGCUGGAUACCGCUGUGAGGAAGGCGCCCGCAGAGGUACAGAUGGUGGUGCGCCAGGCUCACUUCAUCCUCGACAAGCUGGUCCUCAGACUCCCGGCCGACCCCAUCUCUUUCUCAUACUCCUCCCCAGACUCCACAGCCAACUCCAUCACCUCCCUCACCGACAUCCACCACCUCAUCAAUGCCUCCUGGGUGGACCUCCUGGCGGGCGUCCACUACAACAUCCACCAGCAACACGGGGCCCUAGACAACCUGACCCGGGAGAGUGUUUGCGGCCCCAACUCCAUCCUGAAGGAACCCGAGGGAGGGGACGGCAGCUUCCUGAAGGCAGUGGAGAGGCUGUGUCAGUUUGCGGUGUCCAAUGCUGACGACGUUGAUUUGGAUUACUUCUACUCAAUGAACACCUCCAUCCCAGUGCCUGCAACCAAGGAGCUUUACACGAUGGUGCGAGAGCUGGUAGACCGCUUUGAGGCCUUCUGGUGGGUCGGGAAGGAGGAGGGGCUGCAGGGUGUCUUGGGAUGGCCCUCGUACUUUGCGAAGGAGAACUGGCAGGACCUCUUGACCAGGAUAUACCCAAACAUCACACAGAGCAAUGACACCGACAACUACGAGCAGCUCAUUCCGUCCCUCCUGGUGGCGUUCAACUGGCUUGGGGUCCCGCAAAACUCCACCACCUUCCCCAAGCACAUGGUUAUACAGAUGAAGUGGAUGAAGAUUCUGCUGGCGAAGGACCUGAAGGAGGCGCUCAACUCCACCUCCGAGCUGAGAGACGUGGCGGACAUCCUCACCCAGACUCUUCCGCUGGCUAUCACGGACUUGGUGCAGGCGAUCAGGGAGCAGCCGGAAGUGGUCGGGGAGGUGCUGGUGGAGGUGCAUGGGCUGGACGGUGCGGGUGGGAUGUGUCGGGUUAAUGUGAGCAGACUUGGCAGCCACCUCAGCGCCCUCCAGGGUAGGCUAUGUCCCCCGCGUAACCUUGAGAGACCGCUCAUCGCCGACAUCAGGAGCCUACUUGGACUUGAUCUGCUGCAAGAGCCUAAUUCCACCAUGAGCCUGGAGGACACACUGAAUUCCACCCUGGCCUACGUCUCCACCCUGGACCAGAUGAAGGAGCUCCCCCAGCGGUUCUCCACCCCCAGGGACCUUGUGCGGUACCUCGGGGUGCAGCGAUGGCAGGACCUCCCCGGGGAAGCCUUCAAUGUCACCUUGGACGAGAUGGAGAGGAACAGCACCAUGAUCUUCGCCUCCUUGCUGGGGCCGAUGGUGGAGCUGUCACAGGAACCGACGGAUGUGGGGCGCGCCGUCAACUACACUCUGAUGAUAACCAACGGAUACCUGCGGCUGAUACAUUGGACGGUGGAGCUCUCCUUCGGCAACGUGAGGAAGGCCUACAUGCACAAGCCAAUGGUCAUUCAUCUGCUGGACCUCCUCGAGAACUUGCCAGAGAUUGCCGAGGAGUACGUCACCAUCUUCACCGAGUACUCCUCACUACAAGAGGUCAUCAGCAUCAGGACACUAGACCCCUGCAUCUUCCACUUCACCCUGAUGGAAAGGCUGAAUGAAACGGAGAUGCUUGUGGGCGGAGAAGGGGAAGGGCUGAGGCGGAGCAAGGGACGUCGCCUCCUGAACAACACCAUCCACUUCCUCUGUGAGCCGGCGACGCGGAACCUUAUCAUGUACCAGCUCGAACCCGGCAGUGCCCCGGUCAUCAUGGGGCAGCGGAUGGGAGUGGAUGCAGCAACUCUGGCUCACCUGAUAACCGAGACAUGGAUGGCUGUGGCGGAUGUGUUGGAAGGGAGGCACGAAAGGGUGGUCUUCUCUCCUCCUCCCUGGCUGGAUGAAGACCGCUGGGAUGGUGUCAAUUAUCAGCUCCAGUACAGUAUUGGGGGACGGCCGUUUGAAUAUAUGCUCCUGGACGGGCUCUUCCUCGGCCUGUCCGCUGCCCAGACACACGUUUACGAGCCGUGGGUGUCGAGAGUCCUGCCGAUAACCUCCAGUGCCGUGUAUGGCCUCGCAACACGGCUGGCUGACAACAUAGAUGAGAGCACCGGGCGACUGGACCUGCUGGGGGUGGCGAAGGGGCUGGGUCGCAUCGAGGACAUAAUCGCCGUCGUGUCCUCGAGGCUCCGCACGCACAUCGCUCUGCUUAUGUGGUUACCCGAGUCCACGGGUCUGUGGAGAUUCGUACGAGGUGACCACAUGGGGGAGAUAUACGAGGAGCUGUGUUCAGAGGGCCCGGAGCACCUGUUCUUGUACCCCAACCUCCCGCAGCAGGAUUGGGACGAUGUGCAGUACCUCCUCUGCAACCUGUCUCGUUUCACAUUGCCGGAGCUGGAUAGGGACUUGCAGCCGCUCCUGAAUCUCUCUAUGGUUAUGGAUGGUCAGGAGGUGGACUUUACCAGGGUGAGGGAUGCCGUGGGGGAGCUGAUGUCCAAGCUUCGUUACCUCAACCCACACCAGUUCACCGACCCCUUCAUCAACAACGACUACAUAGACUUGCAGGCAGGACUCACCCCGGCACAGAGGUUUGUGUAUGGCUUGUUUACUCCGCUGACGUGGCUGUACCGCCUUGUUCUGGAGGGCGGGACAGUUGACUCGGAAUACCUCAGGGCCAUCUACCUCGUCCAGGCCACAGCGUUCCUACAGCCCAUCACCGAGGAGGAUGCGCCGAGCCUUUUACAGCGACUGGUGGAGCCCGACAUGUUUGUGGAGAUGAUGAGGGAGUACCAGGACGUCUACGUGGCCAUGCAGGAUACAGCGGAGGAGGACCUGAAGUUCGAAAACGGAUCAACGUACAGCCAAGUCUACAGCGAGAUGCGGGCGACCCUUCUGAAGCUGACAUACGCCUUGGAGCGGUCCUCGGAGCUGGGGAUGACCUUCAACGGGGCACUGCAAUCCGUCCUGCACACAGCAUUCUGGCAAGGGGACGAGGUUAUCCGGACAGCGUCGCUUCCGGUCUGCAACGAUAGGUGGAACAAACACGAGGUGGAGGAGGAGUGGGUGAGGGUCGGACAGGGGCUGCAGAUGGCGUGGAGGCAGCUUGGGAGAGUGGAUGAGCAUGUGGACUUGAUGUGUGAAGCCCCAACCACCAGCCUCACCCAUAUCCUGAGGAGCCUGUGGGAAGACCUUGGCUGGAAGGAAGAGUUGAAGUCGGCUGUCACCGGAUGGCAGGGGAACACCACCACGACCUGUCACGACCUGAUGGAGACCGGGAGACUCACGUACAAGCGGUUCCUGCUGGUGGUUCGUCGCUACCUGGGGAGUGGGCCGGCCAGGACACAUUUCCUUAGCUGCCUGGACGAUGCUGUACACUCCGCCGCUGGACAACAACUCUUGGGACUCUUGGUAGCCGCUGGGGAUGUCGUCAAGUCCCUCACCAACAACGAAAACUUCUCAGAGGAGUUCACGGCCUUCCUCGACGCCCUUCCUCACAUGGCCCGGACCCUGAAGAUGCUGGGCUCACGGGUGGCUGUCAUGGUGCCCCUGGAGGAGGUGCUGGGUAGGGGGUACGGCGCCAACCUCAACCUGACCGAACAAGAACUGAACGCGACGAGGCAUCUCCUGGUUGACUUGAACAGGGUUUACCCCGGAGAUGCAGAGAGGCUGGCAACACUCAGCAAGACUCUGGAUGGGAUGCAGAAGUGGCUGAAGGUGAAGGAGGGGGCGGGAACAGACUCCGAGGGGAAAACGCCCUUGGAAGUCCUGCACGAGAUGGCCGAGACGAAGGGAGCGAAGGCCUUUGCUGAGGACCUCCUGGAGAACGUCAAUUACUCCUAUCUUCUGACGGAGGCGGAUAACAUGCGGAUCGAGGCUGUGCUCUCCCUGGCCUGGCUGGACUCGCUCAUCUCAAACUUCCGACUCGCCCUGGAGAGUCUGACGGCCCUGAGUCGCUCUGGUACCAUCAUGGACUUGGAGAAGCUCAUUAGCGGAGAGAAGGACCCCGUGUCUUUCCUGUCAAGUUCAGUCGAGUUUAUCCACAUGGACCAGUGGAGCGACCUGGCGCGGAGCUUUGAGGGGCUGCUAGCGGAAGGCAUCCCCCUCCUGACGGGGUCCCAGCUCAGUGAGGACCUGCAGAAGGUGAUCGAUGGCGUUAAGGGCCUGCUGGAGGUGCGGGACAUGGGGCUGCUGGACCUGACUGUGCCUGUCACGUCCCUUGUCGCCAACUGGACCAUGCUGGAGGACUACCUGCUGAGGGACAUGGGCAUGGAGCCGAGGGUGGUGGAGGCUCUGGCAACCGCAGAACUUAACUUGUUGGAGCUGCUGUCUCUGGAGGGCACGUCGGUGGAGGAGGUGCUGUGCAAGGGGGAGCAGAUGGGGCGCUUGGUGGAGUUGCCGGCGGACGCUCAGGUCACACCACAGCAGCUCAGCACGGCCCUCUGCUCCGCCAAUGACACGGAAGCCUUGGCGUCGUCCUUCCUCAACCACCUCAACCUGGCGCCGCUCAUGACCAUGCUUACCAGGUUCGGCGUGAAUGCCAGCCUCUCCUCCCAUGGGGUGAGCAUGGGGGAGGUGUCCAGGGCCAUCAGGAAUGUGGUCGAGGCAUCCGAGCACAUGCCGACCAUCAUGGCCACACUCCGGACCUUCCAGACCAUCUCCAAGACCCUCCUGCGCAGUCCGAGGUCUGAAAGUCAUACCAGCCGAAUGCAGGCCACAAUCGGAGACAUUACCUCCCCUGAGUUCCUGGAGCGAGCCGGCCUUGCCCUGUGUGGCCGGCCGCUGGUGCUGAUGCCCGACACACUGAAGCUGCAGGACACCAAGAACAAGGACAAAGGAACCCCGACAAAAGAAUACAUAGGGCUGGACGUGUGCGAGCGGCUGCAUGAGGACUUGCGCUCCAUGCCUGGCGGGGGUCUGCUGCUUCACUACAUCAAGCCGCUGCUCUCCGGGAAGAUCUUCUACACGCCCGACAAUGUCAUCACCCGAGCCAUCAUAGCCCAGGCUAACAAGACCUUCGAGACCGUGGACGUUCAGCGGCAGUACCUCAGCCGACUCUCCGGGGCGGCCAAGGGCAUGACCUCCGACCCCUCCACCAGGCUUGACCUCCAGAAACUGAAGGAGACGCUCGACCAGCCGUGGGUGCGGGGAGCCAUGGAGGACCUUCUACACUCCAUCCCCACCCCCAAUGACCUCACCUCCAUGCCCUCCUUCUCCUCCCUCACCGACAACCUCAAGAUGACCUACCCGCAGCUGCUCGAGUCCUCCCAGCUGGUCAGGGAAUUCUCGGACGUGCUGGAGGUCGGGAUGAGCCUUAUGUCGUGUCUCCAGCUGCAGAGGUUCGUUGCAGUGAAGAAUGAGAGUCAGCUGCUGGAGGAGGCUAAUCACGCGGUCCGGAAUAAGGAGUUCCUGGCGGGCGUUGUGUUCCAGGGUGUUGGGGAGACCGGCAGUACUCAGAGCGUCCUGCCCCCAGACCUCACCUACACCAUCAGGGUUGACCACAGCAAGAGCCCCCCGACCUUCCUCCUCGGACCACGCUUUUGGCGUCCCGGGCCCUACGCAGACAUGGCCUUCUACAUGCGAUACCAACAGGGCUUCAUACAGCUUCAGGAGACUCUCGAACACUCCAUCCUGAAACUACAACACCAGCAGGCCAAGAGGCGGGGAGGGGGCGCGGCACAGCAGAGGAGGAGGAGGAGGUCAGCGGAGGUCGCGAUGCCCCUGAGUGAUGAGGAGGAGGACCUACUGCUGAAUCUUCCCGUCCACACCAAGCAGCAGCCCUACCCUUGCUACACCAAAGACGACUUCCUGCAGAUGGUGAAUGAGUCUCCCGUCAUGAGCUUCAUUUUCUCGUUCCUCUCCCUGGUGCUGUUCUCCACCUUCCUCAUCCAACAGCUGGUGCAGGAGCGCGAGUCUCGGAACAAACAGCUGCAAGAGGUCAUGGGGCUGAGGCUGUGGCUGGACCAUCUGGUGUGGCUGCUGUACUCGCUGGUGCUUCUGCUGGUCAUUGUGGUUCUCUCCGCACUGCUCCUUUCCCUCGGUGGACUGCAACCGCGCUCCGACUUUGGCGUGCUGAUGGCCUUCCUCUUCUGUUACGGCCUCAGUGUGGUGUCUUUCUGUUACAUGGUGGCGAACCUGAUACCAACUACAGUUCUGGCAGUGUUCAUCGGGGUAAUGGGCCUACUGGUGUUCAAUGUUCCCUUCAUCUCCAUCUCGGUGAUACAGACGACCGUGCCCUUCACUGCCAUCGUCCUGACCUGCCUUCUGCCCUCCACGGCCUUCGGGUUCGGGUUUCGCAUCAUCUGUCAGUACGAGCUGAUAGAGGAGGGCGCUAACUACGACAAUAUGUGGAGCCCGCCGACCAAGGGGUCGGACAUGACGCUGGGCCUGGCGAUCAUCAUGUUACUCCUCGACACCGUUCUCUUCUACGCCAUCACCCUCGUCUACAACUACUUCAGAAACGAUGCCCCUCAGAACCACUUCAACGAGGGCGGCUCAGAGGCUGCCCCCAAACGCGCCAGCUUCCUGCAGACCAUCUCGGGCAGGCAGACUAAUGACUUUACCCUCAACAUGUUUCCAGCCUGCUGCUCGGCCUGCCUCACCGGCCUUCCCCCCGACAGCAAGGUGGCAUCGCUCGAGGAAAUGGACUCUGUGAAAAAGGACGCCGUACACGUUGUCGACCUUGACCUUGGGCUGAAGCAGUCACUCCACAAGGGCCUCAGCAUCACCGGCCUGCGCAAGAUCUACCACAACACCGGCGGAGGCUCCCGGGUGGCGGUUGACGGCGUGACCUUAGACUUGUACGAGGGUCAGGUCACGGCGCUGCUGGGUCAUAAUGGGGCAGGCAAGACGACCAUUAUCUCAAUGUUGACGCACGAGGUGGAGCCGACAGCGGGCAAGAUCACGGUGUACGGCGAGGAUGUGAACACCAGCGAGGGGUGGGAGAGGGCGCGGCAGAUGAUGGGUCUCUGCCCUCAGGAGUCGGUGCUCUUCCCACUGCUCACCGUGGAGGAGACGCUCGCCUACUUCAUCGCCCUCAAGCAGCGACCCAACGACCCGCCGCCCGCUAAGGUGGAUUCAGUCCUGGCUAACAUGGACCUUCUGGAGCACCGAGCGUUCCUGGCCCACCAGCUCUCGGAGGGGCUGCGGCGGAGACUCUGCAUGGCCCUGGCGUUCGUGGGUAACUCCAAGCUUGUUGUACUGGACGAGCCCACCUCCGGCAUCGACCCCCUGGCCCGCUCCGCCAUGUGGGAGGUGAUCAGCAACAACCGUGCCGGCCGUACCAUCCUGCUCACCACGCACCACCUGGACGAGGCUGAGACGCUGGCUGACCGCGUGGCUGUGUUGAAUAAGGGGCGACUCAUGUGUGUGGGGUCCCCGCUGGCCCUGAAGUCAGAGUACGGCUUGGGCUACAGCAUCACACUGAGCCGGGCGCCACAUCCACUCCCGACGCCACUCGCCAAGGUCAAAACAGACUCCCUGCACGCCUUUACAGAGAAGACGGCACUCUCCUACUCUGAUCUCCCCUUCAAAGUGUUCAAGAGCCCGAGCCACACCUUCAGCCUGACCAAGAACGGAGGGAAGGGCGGCCAGGAGAAGGUGUGGGAGGUGGUGACCCAGUACGUACCCAACGCCCGACUCCUCGAGAACAUCAACGGGGAGGUCACCUACUCGCUGCCCAUCCACGACACCCUUGGCAACACUAACAGGAUCCCGGAGGUGUUCGGGGAGCUUGAGAACAGCCUGGACUCGCUUGGCUUCUCAUCGCUGGAGCUGCGUCCCACGAGCCUGGAGGACGUCAUCAUCACCCUCAACACCCGCAGCGCCAUCGAGAACGUGCCCAACACCACCAGCCUCAAAGUGGAGCUGCCAUCGGACCCCCAGAAAGAGGACCUGGCCGGGAGGUACGACUUCUCGCUGGAACAUGGCGAGUGCUGUGUGUGGCUGAGGCGUCUCGGGGCCCUGCUGCAUAAGAGGCUCCUGCACCAUGGCCGGGACUGGCACUUCUACGUCCAGAUGUUCGUGUUGCCGUUCCUGUUCAUCUUCCUGGCCAUGGUGUCGUCCAAGUGGCGGCCGAGCUUCAGUAACGCCACGCCCCUCACCUUCGACCCUGCUCUCUACCCCGCCCCAGCCGCCACCUUCCUCAGAACGCUGGACCCGAUCUUAAGACCCCUGGCGGACGAGGUGACCUUGCUCUCCCUGGGUGCCGAGAACAGGCUAGGCAACUGGUCUUCCUGCCCUGAAUACGUCGCAGACACCAACCCCGGCCUGGAACAGUGCAGCAUCUCAGGAUCGAGUGUGUAUUCGCCCUGCCAGUGUGUGGAUGAACGCUGUGUGGUGGAGACGAGUGACCAGCCGAGCCUCAAUGAGUGGAUCUUGGCCACACGCAGCCACCACAUGCAGAACAGGCAAGCUGGCAUUACCCUAGGAGUGCGUGACCCGAGAGAGGGCGAGACAGGGCGGCCGGGGGCAAUGGUGUGGUACGAUAACUCUGCCUAUCAUGCCCUGCCCACCUACAUCAACCUGCUCAACAACGCCCGGCUUCGGAGGCUGGCCGGAGCGGACCACAGCAUCACCGCCAUCAACCAUCCGAUCAUCUUCACCUCGUAUGGAAUUUGGAGCAUGAACAUACAGCAAUACGUGGCAGACCUCGGCAUCGGGCUACUGGUGCUGGUGGCCAUGACUGUCGUUUGCUCGGCCACUGUGGGCUGCGUCGUGGCCGAGAGGGUGCGAGGCGAGAGGCGGCUGCUGCACCUUGCCGGCCUAUCGAAGACAACCUACUGGAUCUCUAGUGCUCUCUGGGACACUGGGGUGUUGGUGCUGGACGUCCUGCUCAUUGCGCUCAUCUUCCUGGCCUUCAAGGAGCAACAGUUCAUCUGGAGGGAGAACUUGGCGGCCUUCAUUGUUCUUGCGCUCCUCUAUGGCCUCAGCCUCUUCCCUCUCUUCUACCUGUCCGAGGGGUUGUUCAGGACGGAAGCAUCGGCGGUCUUCUCCUUCUUCUGCGCCUCCUUCGGCAUCGGCCUCAUCACCACCCUCCUGCUGGUGGUGUGUCAGGUCAUGUCCUACGUCAAGGAGGGGGAGUAUGACAGGGCCUCGGCAGUCUUUGGCAUGCAAGACACAGCAGCAGUGAUCAAGUACCUGUUCCUCGUGUUCCCGCCCUUUGCCUUCACCUGCAGCCUCAAGGACAUGGCCGCAGGGUAUGCCAGGUCGUCCAUCAUGGCCCACUUCGACAUGGACCUCUACCAGUCGCCGUUCAGCUGGGACGCGGACCUUCAGGGUGGACUGGGCGUGUACAUGGUGGCCCUGGCGGCUUGGGCGGCGGUAGGCUGGGCGCUGCUAAUCCUCCCCCGCCCAUCGCGUGCCCCCGCCCCCCUGCCGCUGAUCGGAGAGGGCGAGGAGGACAAGGACGUGGCGGCCGAGAGGAUCAAGAUCCAAUGUGGCGGUACCUCCCUCUACGACACAGUGCUGCGGCUGGUGGGGCUCGGACGGGACUUCAGCAGCCCUCGUGUCAGUGCUGUGGGGAGCCUCUUCCUGGCACUGCGCCGCGGGGAGUGCUUCAGUCUGUUGGGUCUGAACGGUGCCGGCAAGACCACCACCUUCCGCUGCCUGACGGGGGACCUGCGGCCGUCGAGGGGGCAGAUCCUGGUGAACGGACUGCUGCUGGAGGAGGCGCUGGAGCUGCCCCGCCCCAUCCUCAGCUACUGCCCCCAGAGCCACGCCCUCGACCCCAACCUCACCCCCAAGGAAGUGCUCACCAACAUGGCCAGGAUCAGGGGCGCCACGGGACCAAGGACGGCAAAGGUGGUGGACCAGGCCAUCAAGCAGCUGGGUCUGAGCGCCGAGGUCAACACCUAUGUACGUCACCUGUCCGGGGGUAACAAGAGGAAACUGUCAGUGGCCGUGUCGCUGCUCGGAAACCCUCUCCUCGUGCUGAUGGAUGAGCCUACGACCGGCAUGGACCCCUCGUCGCGGCGGCUGGUGUGGCAGGCGAUACAGAGCGUGCCGCAGGACGGGCGCUCGGUGCUCCUCACGUCACACUCCAUGGACGAGGUGAACCAGCUCUCACACCGCCUGGCCAUCAUGGUGAACGGACACCUUGUCUGCCUCGGUUCACCCCACUACCUCAAGUACAGGCUCGGAGACAAGUACACAGUGAGGCUUAAGACCAAGGACAUUGAGGACAUGACUUAUGUGGUCGACUACCUCAGGAGCCAGCUGAAGGAGGUGCUGCUGAAGGAGCAGCAUCACUUGAGCCUGGUGGUGGAGGUGAGCCGCCAGCUUCCCCUGCGGCUCAUCUUCGACACACUCAACGGGGCCAAGGCGCUGGGAGUCACGGAGUACGACGUCUCGCAGACCACGCUGAACGAGGUGUUCCGGGUGCUGACCUCACACCAGGGGGACGGCCAGACUCCCCUGCACCCCCAGCGAGCCACCCAGGACCAGGACAUUCACCCGCCACUCAUCCCGCACCUCAACCGUGGCAGCGGAAAGAAGCCCCCACAAAACACAUUCCAGCACCCCUCCGUUCUCGCCCCGGUGGAGUGCGCCAACCCCAAGGAUCCUUAUGGGGACUUCGGGGGUAUGCCGGGGAAAAAGGGGAGGGGCGGGUCGCUAGCCUCGGACAGCGGCUCGGCCAAUGACAGCCCAGAGGAGGAGUGGACGCAUUUCUAGGUUCUCGUCGUCCGCUGGCUUGUGACGAUGCUGUGUUAGGUUGUUGUAAUGUUGAGUAUCGGUGUUUUGUAGGCUCUUAUCUCUCUCUCUCUCUCUCUCUCUCUCUCUCUCUCUCUCUCUCUCUCUGUUCACCCCUUUUUAACUUUUC